AUGUCAUCGUCAACUACAUCAACUUCAGGCACGUCAUUUACAAAAAAGUACGAUUUGAAAGAAGAAUUAGGAAAGGGAGCUUUCAGUGUUGUUCGGAGAUGUAUUCGAAUGUCAGAUAAAGAUGAAUUUGCAGUAAAGAUUAUUAACACUAAAAACCUAUCUCCAAGAGAUCUACAAAAAUUGGAACGUGAAGCCAGAAUCUGCCGUACUUUAAAUCACGCAAACAUUGUUAGGCUUCAUGAAACUAUUACUGAAGAUAAUUCUCACUAUAUGGUGUUCGAUUUAGUAACUGGUGGAGAACUUUUUGAAGACAUUGUUGCUCGAGAAUUUUAUAGCGAGGCUGAUGCAAGCUUCUGUAUUCAACAGAUUCUUGAAAGUGUCCGACACUGUCAUGAAAGAAAUGUCAUCCACCGUGAUUUGAAACCGGAAAAUCUUUUACUUUCCAGUAAGAGCAGAGGUGCAGUUGUAAAAUUAGCAGACUUUGGACUUGCAAUAGAUAUUGACGGUGAUAACAAGGCUUGGUAUGGAUUUGCGGGUACGCCUGGUUAUUUAUCUCCCGAAGUUUUGAAGAAGGAACCGUAUGGCAAACCAGUGGACUUAUGGGCUUGUGGGGUCAUUUUAUACAUUUUAUUGGUUGGAUAUCCCCCGUUUUGGGAUGAAGAUCAACAGAGGCUCUACGCCCAAAUUAAAGCAGCAGCUUAUGAUUAUCCUUCACCUGAAUGGGAUUCCAUCACCCCAGAAGCCAAGGAUCUCAUCAAUAUACUUUUAACUGUAAGCCAAAAUAAACGAAUUACCUCAACGGAAGCGUUAAAGCAUCCCUUCAUUCUGAACCGAGAUAAUGUCUGUGCUAAAGUGCAUAGACAGAAAACAAUUGACGGUUUACGUAGAUUUAAUGCUCGCAGGAAGCUAAAGGGUGCUAUUCUGACAACGAUUCUGGCAACAAGAACUUUAACGAGUACAAAGAUACCAAAUCAAAUUCUACAGUUACUGCAACAAUAUUGCAUAAAUUUUGCCCUCUCUUUAGUAGAGAAAGAAAUGUUACGUCUGACGAAGUCUUUGCUGAAGUGUAUCCAAAAUGGCGAUUAUGAUGGAUACAAGAAACUCUGUGAUCCUGGAUUGACGUCAUUUGAACCGGAAGCUCUUGGAAAUUUGGUUGAAGGAAUGGAGUUUCAUCGAUUCUAUUUCGAAAAUUAUCGCAUCACGAACACCACCAUUUUACACCCUAAAGUUCGCAUGUUAGGAAGUGAAGGUGCAUGUAUUACGUAUUUGCGAAUUUCGCAAUCGAUUAAAAGUAAUGGUGAACCUACCACGAUACAACAUGAGGAAACUAGAAUUUGGCAGAAAAGAAACGGUACUUGGAUUCAUAUUCAUUUUCAUCGCUCUAGCCUUGCAGCUAAAAAUUGCUAA